CCCCAUCCCUUCGGGAUGGUCCCGCCCUAAACCCAUCCCCCCCAUCCCUGUGGGGUGGUCUGGCCCUAACCCCCUCCCCCCAUCCCCACCUCUCACCUGCGCAGUGGGCCGCUCAGCGCGUGGCGCAUAGUGUCUGCUGAAGGCCUGGCAGCCGUCGACUGAGACUGCGAUGGCGGCAGCGGCAAGCCAGGGUCGGGAGCAGGACUGUGUGCGCUUCGUCUACGUGACGCGCUUCGGCUCACACCAGUGCGGUGGUGUCCUGCAGCUGGGUGGCCGCCGAACCCGAGGCCUUUGGGGUCGGGAGUCCGGGGCUGGUCGUCGCCAGGAGAAGCCAACAGAAGCAACAGCGGUGCCUGGCGUCCCAGGUGGCGGCGAGCUGCCCCCAGGUUCCAGGCCCAGGGUCCCCGCGGCCCCUGGUGUGGCGGUUGCGGCCUCUGCCUCUUCCUCCUCCUCCCAGCUGCGGACAUCGAGCGGGCGGAGCAGCACCAGGCCUGUGGCGCGUGCAGGUUUAAUCCAGAAGGAUGCAGCCAGAAAGUUUGAUUUUCCCCUACCAUUGAAUGAAGCGUCCAAAAUAAUGAAGAAAAAGAAAAAGGUUUUAGUAUGGAAUAGAGUACACAAAGUCAUUUCAAGAAUGCUUGAAGAAAAUGAAAAAUACAGACACAGGCUGAAAUGCCAAAGAUUAUCCAGUGAAAACUCAAAUUACACAAGGUGAAUCUUCUUAUCUUCUGUU